AGUCUAUGCGUAUAGGAGUUGUACGCACAGAAUAAUGACAGUUCUAUAACCUUCGUGUUUUUAAAUGAAAUAGGAAGGUUAAUUUAUUAAAGUUAUAAACUACAAUGCCUGACGAAAAUUUAAUUGAACAAAUUAAAGAGCGUUGGCCUGAUCUUAGUUUCACACAAGAAAAUCUCCAACGUCCAACUCCAGACAAAGUAUUUCAAUUUUAUACCAGUUUUUUAAUGGACUGCGAAGAAAAAAUUUUAGAUACAAUAGGAUUUUACGGAGAGGCCAAAACAGAUCUAAGUCCAGAAGAAUUGGUGUUGUUUAAAAUGCAAAAAUUUAACGUAUUAUUCAAACGUGCAGAUAUUCAAUUUCUCCUAGGAGAUAUUUGUCAACCCACAUACAUUAGAACAAAAAGUUUUUUUUGUAUCUGCAAUCAUUUCUUAACAUACUUUGAAAAUAUAUUCCACGAUUUUGAAAAAAUUAGUGGAGAUAUAACAAAAAUGCGUGAAGACAAUGAUAAAUUAAACGAACAGAAAAUUGAAAUCAGCAAUGAUAUCACAAAAUAUGUAGAGAAAAAAAUCAGACUGUUGGAAGAUAAGGAAAGAUUACAAAAAAAUAUUGAAGCAACGGAGAAUUUACAUGCAGAAUAUUGUGCACAAAGAGCUGAAAAAGAACGAGUAAUAAAAGAAAAAGAAAAAGAAUUGGAAUCGUUAAAAAUAUCUGUAGAUAAGACAACUUCCCAAAUAAAUGUUUUAUCGGCCAGAGAAAAACAAUGCUUAGAAGAAAUGAUAACGGAAGAAGAAUACUCAAAUUUGAAAAAGCUUGAAGAACAAUUGAAAUCUGAAAAUGAGACAUUGAGAAAUGAUGUUAUACACAUGGAGGAUGUACUUACGUACGAAUCAAAAAUCUUAGAUCACUUUAGUCGCUGUUUGAAAGCUAUACCUGAUAAUUUCAAUUCUGAUAUGGUAAAUCAACAUAUUUCAAUGGAUAUACAAUUGAAAGACCUGAAAACCCAAAAAGAAAAAUUAGAUGCUGAUCUGCGCCUUCUUAAAUCUACUCAAAACAAUGAAAGAAAAAAACUGAUUGAUAUUGAGAGCUGUUAUUCAGCUGCCUAUUCAGAGCUGAAUAAAAUAAUUGAAGAUAUUCAGCAAGAAUUUGAGGAAUUGACAUUUACAUUACAAAAACAAAAAGAAGAAAUAUCUAACAGUAAAAGAGAAGUAUUAUCUAGUAAUUUACAAUUCAAACAUGACAUCGCCCAAUAUGAAAAUGAUAUAAGGAAAUUGAAAGAGCAUUUUCAAAAUGAAUAUGUCAAGAUAAAAGAUGCAGAAAAUCUAAGAUUUAAAACUAUUAAAAAUCAUUUACUUGAUUUGAAAAAACCAUGUACCUAUGAAAGUUGAACUGUAUAAAUUUAGUAAUAAAUUAUGUUACUUAUAGUAUUGAUAAUAUGUAUGAGUGCAUUGACACCUUUUGUUAAUGUUGAACACACUGUUAACACUACCACUACACUAAUAAAGGUAAUCAGUUUACCUUCAUUGUCUGAAGAUUAUGAUUUGGUUAUCGAAACGCCAGUUAGAAAGUUAAUUGUGAGUGUAGGUGUAGUGGUACUGUAAACAGUGAGUUCAGUAUGAAUAUUGCCAAUGCCAAUUCGGUUACCUUUUGUUAGUGAGAAACAAUUAAUAUAUGUCGAAAUUAAGACGGGGAAUUGAUCUAAAAGUUGCAUUGAAGUUAAUAAAAGAUUGAACAAUAUCAUAUGUCCAAUGUUAUAAUUUUAACAUUCAACUUGGAAACAAAUAAAUUGAAUGUAGAAACUAA